AUGGGGAAUUUCGAUGUCUCUGCUCUGCAGGACGCCCUGAAAGGCUUGACUAACAUCUCUGACAAGGCCGAAGUCGCCGAAAAGGCUGAGUCUGCCGCUAUGGACGACGCCGUCAAUAAGGCCAUCCACGGAUGGAAUGAUCCCACCCCGUUCGAUUACACAGGCUUCUCGACGUCUAACACUAGUGACUGGGCUGGCAAUGCGGCUCGCUAUGAGUGGAAGGACGAGUAUGGCGACGUCGGCCCCGCUAACCCUGAGCUGGAGAAGCAGCUUUUUGAGGUUGAGUUCCGCUCCAAGCCCGGUGAACGUCUUCGCGAACUGAACGAAACCCCCGUUGUCAACGUCGAGAGUGAGCAGCCGCUCAAGCCUGUCAUUUCGUGGGAUGGCAUGGGUCUCCACCCUGUCAUGCGCGAGAACAUUGAGCUUUGUUGCUACAAGUACCCCACCACUAUCCAGAGUUGGGCGAUUCCGGCCGUUCUUCAAGGCAAGGACCUGAUCGGUAUUGCUCAAACAGGCUCUGGAAAGACUGGCGCUUUUCUUAUUCCCGUCCUAUCCAAGUUGAUGGGGAAGGCGAAGAAGUUGGCAGCUGCGCGUCCCAACGUGGCUGAAGGGUUCGAUAGCCAGAAAGAUGGAGUGACAGCUGAGCCUCUUGUGCUGAUCAUUUGUCCUACUCGCGAGCUUGCCACUCAGAUUUUCGACGAGACUCGUCGCUUGUGCUACCGUUCGAUGCUUCGUCCUUGUGUUGCGUAUGGUGGUGCGCCUGCUCGACUCCAGCGCGACGAGCUUCGGAAGGGUUGUGACAUCCUUGUUGGGACGCCAGGCCGCAUUAUUGACUUCAUGUCCCAGCCCCAUGUUCUUACCCUCACUCGUGUUCGAUACACCAUCGUCGACGAAGCGGAUGAGAUGCUGCACAGUGAUUGGCAGGACGAGUUCUCGAAGCUCAUGUCUGGAGGUGAUGGGAACGAAGAUACCGACCAUUGCUACAUGAUGUUCUCUGCCACUUUCAACCGUGAAUGUCGUCAGCUUGCCCGGACCUUCUUGGCCUCGAACCAUAUUCGCAUUCGCAUUGGGCGCCCUGGUAGUGCUCACCUUAUGGUGCGCCAGCAGGUCUACUUCGUCGAAGAGCGUCAGAAGAAGCAGGCUCUGUUUGACCUCUUGGUUAGCAUGAUCCCGAUUCGUACCCUCGUCUUUGUCAAUAACAAGAAGGCUGUUGACUACGUUGAUGACUUCUUGUACAACAAGGGUCUGCCUAGCACUUCUAUCCACAGUGACCGCACCCAGCGUGAGCGUGAGGAUGCCAUGCGUGCCUUCAAAUAUGCCAAGUGCCCCAUCAUGGUGGCUACUGGUCUUUCAGCUCGCGGUCUGGAUAUUGUCAACGUGAUGCACGUUAUCAAUUUUGAUCUGCCCAAGGCUAUGCACGGCGGUAUCAACGAGUACAUUCACCGUAUUGGUCGCACUGCUCGCAUUGGUAACGAAGGUCUUGCUACCUCCUUCUACAAUGAGGGCGAUGCGGAUCUUGCCCCCGACCUUGUCAAGACUUUGCUAGAGUGCAACCAGAACGUUCCCGACUUCCUGGAAGACUUCACGCCAUCCGGUGGUAAGAUUACAUUCGGUGAUGAAACGGAUGCCGAGGAUGAAGAAGACAAUGACAACGCAGCGAAAGCCUCAGCUUACAACGCCACUGAAACCGCUGGGGAAGACGUUGAUCCUUGGGAAGCUUCCGGUGACACAAAUGCUGACCGCGGUGCGAACUGCGGCAUCCCAUACGGAGAUUUCCCCACCAAGAAUCCUCAUCACCUGCUGGGAUUUGCGUGUCGUUGGCUCAUCAUGCAUCGAAUUGUGUCUUUCAAGGUUUCAUCCGCCAUUGCCAUGGCGGCACUCUUGCCUGCAGCCAGCUGCAUGUUCCACGCAUACGUCGAAACCCCGCUACAACUCGGCGAUGACGAAACUUCAUUCUACGCUAUAGGGAGCCAAAAUCCAGUCCCCUCACUGGUUAUUGAUACAUUCCAGCAUCAAAUCCAUAAUGAUCUCGGUUUCUGGCAUGGCAUCGGCGAAAAUCUGAAGAUCGAGCAUGAGCCAGGCUGGUUCGAUGCGCGGUCGUGCUUCAGUCUUCUACCCUGGCAGAACCAAUUCCUCCAUGUAGUCUUUGAUGGAACGGCGGACUUUACAGUCUCUUUGAAUGAACAUAACGCCGACUGCAACCCCCAACGAAGCCCGUUUCCUGGUGUCCCGGACAGCGUCCAGGCAUCCAGAUACCUGAUGCGAACCAAAUUCCAUGCAGAUGGAAAUGAGAAGGAUAAAGAUUGCACGGGUGGUAGCCCAGCCGAGGCGCAGCCCCCUCAAGACCAGACGGUCUUGGGGAAUAAGCAUGAUCCAGAUAGGUGCAAUGUGGACAGCGACAGUCAAGCUCCUGCUUCUCUAGAAAGAACCGAGCUCUUCAUACCACUUUCUCACUUCAAUAUCGACCAGAGUCGAGUUGUAUCUGUUUCUUUCACAGGGUUCUACACUACUGCGCCGCUCACCAUAUACCGUGUCGAGAUUGUAUCAACCGUACCUCCUCCAUCGGCAGCAAACAACAAUUUCCGUAUACCUGGAAAGUUGCCUAGUGGUACAUUAGUUUUGCGCUGCAAAAGACCGAACUCUUUUGCGUUUGGCAUUGAUGAUGGCCAGCCACGUUUUGCACAAGAGGUCAUGAAAAUCCUCGAUGAGGAGAAUGUCCGGGUGACUUUCUUCGUUGUCGGCGCUGGGCUCAGGGAUCAUUCAAGCAACUUCACCAACUUCUAUAAGGACAUGAUGAGUCGAGGGCACCAAAUCGCCCUGCAUUCAAAUACACAUCCUAAGAUGGAAUCACUUCCGACGAUGGACCAAAUCGAUGAUGAGAUUGAGCAAACAUUGCACGUCUUCAGACAUGAGCUCGGAAUAGAAUCACAAUACUUCCGACCCCCCUAUGGCACGGUUGGCGCUCGCAUGAGACAGCGGCUGGCCCAGUACAUCCAAAACCCGCAGAUCGUGAAUUGGAGCGUCGAUGCGGAAGACUGGAUCUGGGCCAACUCGUCCACCCCUGAAAAACAGCUAGACGCAUUUUACCGUGGUGUCGCCCGUGGGGGAAAUAUUGCCGUUAUGCAUUACCUAAAUCCGACAACCGUCGAAUACCUUCCACGGUUCAUUCGUCAUGUCAAAGGCGCUGGGCUGAAGGUAAUGCGCAUCGACCAGUGCCUGGAAGAUCCUACCAGCCCGCCGCUUCUGUGA